AUGAAUCGACCGUUUUUUCUUGUUUUUAUUCUUAUAUCUAUAGUUAUAUGUAAUGAAGCCAAUCGUUUAUAUGUUAAUGAUAAGUUAGUUCGUGUAGAACCAUUAACUGAUGAACAUAUAAAGUAUCUUCAAGAUCUCGAAAUGAAUUCUUCACUCGAUUUUUGGACUGAAGUCACAAGACCAAAUAAACCAGUUGAUAUCCAUAUAAAUGCAAAUGAGUUUGGUCAAUACGUUUCAGAAUUUGACCAAUAUUCAAUACCAUUUAAUGUUGUUGUUGAUGAUUUACAAACAAUUAUUGAUAUUGAACGACAACAAAUUGAAAGAGAUGAUUUUAUGAGACAAAUCGAAAGUCGUUGGCUUGGACAAACUAAAAUAGAUAUUGUGGGAAAAUAUGUUAGUUACAAUGAUAUAGUAACAUAUAUGCAAGAGAAAGCAAAUAAUGAUCCAACACAUAUUAAAGUUCGUGAUAUGGGCAACUCACAUGAAGGUCGAUCAAUGAAACUUAUUUCUAUACAAUAUAAUCCAUCAUCAACUCGAAAUAUUUGGAUUGAUUGUGGUAUUCAUGCAAGAGAAUGGAUUACACCAGCUAUGUGUGUUUGGAUGAUUGAUAACUUAAUUGAAGACUAUAAUAAUAAUAAUCCUACAAUUCGAGACUUACUCAAUUAUUGGACUGUUUAUAUUGCUCCAGUACUUAAUCCUGAUGGAUAUGAAUUUAGUCGAAGUAAGACUCGAUUAUGGCGUAAGAAUCGUAGAAACAAUAAUUUUCUUAAUUGUUACGGUGUUGAUCUCAAUCGUAAUUAUCCAAGGAAAUGGAUGGAGGGUGGUGCUAGCAACUCUCCAUGCAGUGAAACAUAUGGUGGUUCAUCAAACCAAAGUGAAAUUGAAACAAAAAAUGUGAUUAAUUUUCUCACGUCGAAAAUAGGUUCAUGGGAUAUGUAUAUGUCUUUUCAUUCAUAUGGACAAUUGUGGUUAACACCGUAUGGUUAUUCAAAUAAUGAUCCACCUAAUUAUCAACAACAUGUAUCAGCAGCACAAGCUGGUGCAAAUGCUAUUAAAGGAGUAAAUAGUAAAAGAACAUAUGAGAUUGGUGGUAUUGCUGAUGUGUUAUACAUUGCUACUGGUAGUACUGUUGAUUGGGCUUAUGAUGAUUUAAAAAUUCCUUAUUCAUAUACAAUUGAACUUCCACCAUCACGAACCGAAUCAUCAGUUGGUUUUGUUUUACCACCAGAUCAAGCACCUGGUGUGUGUCAUGAAACAUAUGUUGGUAUGAAAGCAUUUCUGGUUGAAGUUAAGAAAGGAGUUACUGGAGCAUCCACUGGUUGA